ACCUGUGAGGAGCCGUUACUACCAAAGGAAGGAGAGAAGGCAGCCCGAGGCGAGACAAAGAUCACACACGUCUAUCGCGCAUUUCCUUCUCCGCCAGUAUCCCUACAUCUUUUCGCAACCUCGCAUCGCACCGUAUAAUACCGUACCGCACUUCCUCCAUGCCCUCCUCUGCCUUGGCGCCUGUCCUCCAGAUCCAACUCGAAGAGAAUGGCCUCAAUGGGGGGCGUCUACCUCGAUUCCGAACCUCUCUGUCGGAUCGUCAAAGGCGGCGGCUUUCUUAACAGAACUCUACAGACAAUCUGCGGGGGAGAGGGUCUCAGCAAGCUCGGCGUGAAGGCGGAACUUCAACAGCGCAUUAUCGACAGUACGUUCCUUCCCACAGCCUCGCCUCGAGAGGCGGCUACCUACCCCGAGUUAUACCACUCCAUAUACAGACCUCUUCGCACCAUGUAAACUCCAGACUGAUUUCUUAACUCUCUAGGACUCCAGCUUUAUGCGAGAACGAACAAUGCGCCAGCUUUCCAGCGGUUGAAGUCCAUGAUAGAGAAUCCGAAUAGUAUACAGCCAGCCGGUAUGGCGAGCGCGUCGCCCUCGGUCGCCGGUACUCCAGCACCGCCAAACCCCUAUCUUAACGGCGCCGCAUACACGAUAGGUGGAGGUGUGAAUGCGAAUGGCUUCCGGCCUCUUGGACACCCGAAAAUCGAAUUUAAGCCCAGUCCAUAUUUCGAAGUCAAGGAGCAAAUUGGGAACCCUUCACCAUGCGAAGUCAUGACUCAACACCGACAUACUGUCAAGAUUAUUCUCAGACCCGCCGACUACCCGAUACUUUCCCGAGUAACUGGUGACCAUUCCCUGAGGGUGAUGGUCUUCUGUGCUGGCGAUAUUCAAGGACGACAAGACAUCGCUUUCCCGCAUCAAUCUGAGAUCAAGGUUAAUGGAGGAGAGGUCAAGGCUAAUCUACGCGGAUUGAAGAACAAGCCAGGCUCUACAAGACCUGUUGAUAUAACAAAGGAUCUCCGUUUCAACCCACCAGCAUACAAUAAUUCAGUCGAGAUGACCUACGCUCUGACUAACAAGAAGUUCUACCUGAUCAUCUACGUCGUCAAGGCCGUUCUUGUCACGGAUUUAGUGAAGAAGCUAGAGACUGGUAAGAGGAUUUCGGAACUAGCAGUUCUUGAAGACAUGCGUAGUAAAGCCCGAGACGCCGAUAUUGUAGCCACUGCUUCAGUCCUAUCACUGAAAUGUCCACUUUCCACGCUAAGGAUAGAUCUGCCGUGUCGAUCGACAGCCUGUCGCCAUAACCAAUGCUUUGACGCUACAUCAUACUUACAACUCCAGGAACAGGGCCCUACGUGGCUUUGUCCCCUCUGCAACAAUCCAGCCCCUUUUGAUAGCCUAGCUGUUGACGAAUACGUCAAGAACAUUUUGAAGGCAACUUCAAGGUCGAUUGACCAGGUCAUUAUUCAGCCUGACGGAAAAUGGGAUCUGAAUGACAAGAAGAAGGAGAGUGCUCGACCUCCUCGACCGAGCACUGGCAUCACUAGCGAUUCUGAUGAUGACCUCGUUGAGAUUACCAAAUCAGGCGAUAGCGUACGAAUGGGAACACCUCGUGUAGCCGCCGCCUUCCAAACAAAUGGAAGCUCUUCUGUCCAGUCUCGAGAGCAGUCGAGUUCAUCUGUUCCAAAUAGAGACUCUAUAGGCUCCACGAGCGGGAAACGUACAAUAUCGGAUGUCAUUGACCUUACGUCCAGUGGGGAUGAAGAUGAAGAGCCAUUAGCAAGGCAACCCAAGCGACAAUUCACUGGAAAUGGCUAUGGCGCUCCCGCGACAAGUGUACCAGUCUACCGACCUCCACCUGGCAAUAUGGCCUACCCAACACGUCCCGCUUGACAAUUCACUCUUCUUUAUUUUCUUCCUUUGGCAUAUUCUUGCUUCACUUGUAAAUAAUUUAUGAUUCCCAGGGCUAUAGCGAAUGGUAUUUCGGGCGUUCAGGUGAAAAGGGAAGCAUAUGAGGAGUCAAUGGGGCCGUCAAUCGGACAGGCGUCUAAACCAGACGGCAUUGCGUUUUGCUUUUAUGUUCAGGGAUGAGUGUGUUCAGGGAUGAGUGUGGUCAAGAAGUCCACGGUUCUGCUCCAGGAAAGAUCAACAUGAUCUUGUGUGCAGAAAAAUACUCGAUGUUGUGUUGCACGCCUAGGGAUUCGAGUUUCUAUUUCUGAUCUGCGUCAAGGUGGAUUACUAUGCCUCGCUGGAGGACGUUAGCAAUUUUUAGCAAGCACCCCGAAUAGAUAGACACAUACAGAAAAUGUCACAAGAUACGUGUUCGGAUGCCUGUGAAUCGUCCUGGAGUCCCAUGCCACCUUUGACUGUUAUUCAGGAUUCUCUUCAAUGUCUAUAGCAUCAUGGAAAGAAAGGACGCCGAUCUAG